UUCAACAGGGAAAAUGAUGGCUCCCUUAAAUCUCUCCCUGCCAAGCAUGUUGAUACUGGCUUGGAAUUUGAAAGACUGACUUCGGUACUUCAGAACAAGCAACUGGAGCUCGGCCUUAUACUGGAAAAGUUGGACCAGAUGAUGUGGACAAUGUGGACAUGGGAUAUAGGGUUGUUGCUGAUCAUAUCAGAACUCUUUCAAUUGCCAUUGCCGAUGGGGCUUGUCCAGGUAAUGAGGGACGUGAAUAUGUUUUGAGACGUAUCCUUCGUCGAGCAGUUCGAUAUGGAAGUGAAGUUUUAAAAGCUCAAGAAGGAUUUUUCAAUGGACCAGUGAGUACUGUUGUGAAAUUGAUGGGUGAUAUCUUCCCAGAGCUGAAACAACAUGAGGUGCGAAUUAGGGAAAUAAUUGCAGAAGAGGAAGCAAGUUUUGGGAAAACUUUGUUAAAGGGAAUUGAGAGGUUUAAGAAGGCCGCUCAGGAUGUACAAGGGAAGAUAUUGAGUGGGCAGGAUGCUUUUAUCUUGUGGGAUACAUAUGGAUUUCCAUUAGAUUUGACUCAGUUGAUGGCGGAAGAGAGGGGGCUGCUGGUUGAUAUUCAGGGUUUCAAUAAUGCCAUGGAUGAGGCAAGGGAAAGAUCAAGAAAUGCUCAAAAUAAGCAAGCUGGUGGUACUAUUGUCAUGGAUGCUGAUGCUACAGCAUCAUUGCACAAAAAGGCAGUUGCUUCAACCGAUGACAAAUUCAAAUUUAUUUGGUUUAAGGAUCAUGAAAGUGUGGUAAAGGCUAUUUACACUGGUAGUGAAUUUCCAGAAAGUGUAGCAGUUGGUGAUGAAGUUGGUUUAGUCCUGGAAUCUACAAGUUUUUAUGCUGAGCAAGGUGGUCAGAUUUUUGAUACGGGAUCAAUUGAAGGUCCCUUUGGCUCAUUUCAAGUAUGCAAUGUUCAAAUAUAUGGAGGUUUUAUUGUACAUAUCGGUUCAUUUAAUGGAGGGAGUGGCAGAAUUUUUCUGGGUGACAAAGUUAUUUGUAAGGUCGACUACGAGCGGCGUAAGCUCAUUGCUCCUAACCAUACUUGUACACAUAUGUUGAAUUUUGCUCUUCGGGGAAUACUUGGAAAUCAUGUUGAUCAGAAGGGUUCAAUCGUUCUUCCUGAAAAACUGAGAUUUGAUUUCUCUCAUGGCAAGCCCGUGGAUCCUGACGAUUUGAGAAAAAUAGAAUCAAUUGUGAACAAACAAAUAGAAGAUGAGCUGGAUGUAAAUGCUAAGGAGGCAACCCUUGCUGAAGCAAAGCGUAUUAAUGGGCUACGAGCUGUUUUUGGAGAAGUCUAUCCCGACCCAGUUAGAGUUGUCACAAUUGGGAAAAAUGUUGAGGAACUCCUGGCUGAUCCAGAUAAUGAAAACUGGUUAACCAUUUCUUCAGAGCUGUGUGGAGGUGGUUGCUUCGUUCAAAAACCGUGUUGAUUCAGCACCAAUUCCUGCUGCUAAAAAAGUUGAAAUUAGGGCUAAAAUUGCCUUGCUUCAGAAUGAAGUGAGGAAGGUUCAGAAGAAGCUUGCUGAAGAAAAUAUGCAGAAAGCUGUCAAAAUUGCAAUUGAAACAGCAGAAGUGGCUUCUUUA